AUGGCGACGAGAAAGAUUCUACGCAAGGACGAGCAACUUUUAAACAAACUUAACUCAAUUCUAGUUAUGUACAAGAAUUUCCAACAUAGUGCCGAUGAACGAGAUAAACUUAUCAUCAUAGAGGCAUUGGUUGAUCUGCGCGAGAUCCUGAGAAGAACAUACAUCUCAAAACCUUUAAAAGCAAAUGACGUGUCAGAGAUUGAGCUGAUUUUAAAAGAUCUGAACAGUCACGUGAAAGCAAUGGCGCUAGACGAAUUGUUUGAUGAAAUAAAUGACAUAAAAGGCAGAUUGGAUCUAGUAGAGAAACGGUUCGAACUAGAAGAUACUAGAAGACAUCCAAAGAUGUAUUUUCGCGAUGAGGAUGAAGAUGAAAUAUGGAGCAGAGUUAGUGCUAUGAGGAAAGAAAAACUUGGCCAAUCAAGUUUAGUGUUAAGAUCUAAACUCCCACCACACAUGCGCAAAGUGAGGUUUAAUUUACCAGGCUCACAUGUUCGUGAGGAAGCUGGGUCAGAUAAGGAGAGUGCCGCAGAAGAAAACAGGCCAGAAGCGUCUGAUUGGAUACCAAGACACGUCCAAUCAACCAAGCGAUUGCCUCACAAUAGAAUUAACAAUGUCCAUGGGCUUACAAGCCAAAGGAGAACACGAUUUCGACCGGCAAAGAGACGUGACAUGUCGGCAAAUUACACAGCUUCUCUGGAAAACGAGAAGGAAAUGCAAAGUGCUCGUAGCACGGCUGUGCACCAUGAAAAUAUUGCUACAACCACAACCGUUGCUAAAUGCGAUGACGACGACAACAAACAGAAAAAGUCUAACAAUGAGGCACUUCUCCGUUGUGGAGAUUGCCAGAGGAUUUUAAAAGAAAGAGACAAGUUUUGGGGUUUGGAGUCUGAUUCAGAAGAGGAAGACAUCAAAGAUUUUAAUGAGCAUGUACGACGUCGUAGUCUGAGACUAGAUUCAAGAUCUUUUAAGAACGUAAAAGAAAAAGCAGUAGAUAACGGUAGGUCUUACGAGGGAAAAAGAAUCGCUGGGCGUGGUACCUGGGCCACCCCAGCUUAUGUGCCUCCUUGGGAUUUAAGGAGAGCUUCCAGCACAAGGAACUCUUCGAUGAUAGAGAAAGGAUGGUUUGGUGACAGGAAAGGAAUUGUAAAGAAGUUAUUUACUCGCCUGAAAGGUCGCCAUCAUUGA